AUGAAGCCAGAAAACCACACCAGUGUCUCUGAAUUCCUCCUCCUGAGCCUCUCUGAGCACCAGAACCAGCAGCCACUCCUCUUUGGCAUCUUCUUGAUCAUUUACCUGGUCACUGUGGUUGGAAAUAUUCUCAUCAUCCUGGCAAUUGGUUCUGAUCCACACCUCCACACCCCCAUGUACUUCUUUCUGGCCAACUUCUCCCUCACUGACUUAUGUUUAGCAUCUACCACAGUCCCCAGGAUGCUGAUGAACAUCCAAACUCACAGGCAUACCAUCUCCUAUGUUGGAUGCCUAACCCAGACCUAUUUCUUCCUGUGGUUCAUCGGUAUGGAUGUUUUCCUCCUAGCAGUGAUGGCAUAUGACCGGCUUGUGGCUAUCUGCUAUCCUCUUCACUAUACCUUGGUCAUGAGUUCUAGAUGCUGUAUCCUGCUGGUAACAAUGUCUGUAGUCCUUGCACAUUCAUACUCUCUCACCCACACCAUUCUCCUGACUCAGUUAUCCUUCUGCAUGGAUAACAUCAUUCCUCACUUCUUUUGUGAACUUCUUCCCUUGUUGAAGCUCUCAUGUUCUAAUACUUAUGCCAACCAGUAUGUCCUUUUGUACUGGGGAGGGGGCUUAACUGUCUUGAUUCCCUUGCUAAUCAUCAUUUCAUACAUCCGCAUUGUGGCUACCAUCAUGAGAGUCCCAUCAGCAAGUGGGAAGUGGAAAGCCUUCUCCACCUGUGGCUCCCAUCUCUCAGCAGUUUGCUUGUUCUACGUGUCUGCCAUCAGAGUUUACUUCAUUCAUUCCACUGGUGAUUCAGCAAGCAAGGACAGAAUUUCAGCGGUGAUGUAUGCUGUGGUGACUCCCAUGCUGAACCCAUUCAUCUAUAGCCUGAGAAAUAAAGACAUAAAGAGUGCUUUGGGGAAAUUCCUAUGCAGUAAGGCCUUGCAAUCUCCAUAA